AGUCAGCAUCAAAACAUGGCCAACGUUGGAGGCUUUGAAUACGGCGAGAAAUUGGCAGCAGUUAGUGGCGUUACGAGCAGCACGGCUUUGGCCAUACGCAACUCGACAAUAAUAGCACAUCGGUUGUCCAUAUAUUUGCCGCAGCUGCUGCUGCCCUCGCGAGAUCCACAAAAGCUCAUCAUGGAAAUCAAUUGCCAUGUGGCCCAGUUCCGGGAGCUGCUCAUCUUCAUUGGUCAGUCGCGCGAUUCGCCGGAGCUGCGCGAGAAAAUCCGUAAACUGCGACGCAGCUGUGUGGAUGCCUGCAAGAAUUUGGCCCAUCUGAUAACGCCACAACGGCGCCACUGCCUCGUCAGUCCCAGCGAGAACAGCAAUCUCUUACUGCUCUACCACCUGACGCAGCAGUUUCGCCACGAGCUUAUCAAGAGCCAUCGCCUCAUUCAGCUGGUGCCGUACGACAUGUCCGAGUAUUACGCACCCGCUCGCACAGCCCCCUCGAAUCUGGGCAAUGUCAUUAGCCAGAUAUUGUUGUGCAAGCAAAUUAAUCCGGACUUUCAGCAGGAGGAGCUGUGCAGCAUUAGCAAGGAUGCGCAGGAGUUGAGUGAACUGCUCAGCGACCUACAGUCACAUUUGCCCAGCCCCGAGGCAUCUAGCGAACCGGACCUGCACCUCUCUCACAGCGCUGGUGUUAACUUGGCCUUCAUGAAUGCACCGCCCGCUUGGUAUAAACAGCACCGACGUCGCAGCUGUCGCAGUCGCAGUCUCUGCUGUUGUUUUAAGUCAUCCCAAGCGAAUUCACUUUGAAAAUUGACAGAAAGCUGUGCAGUAUCUACAUGUGAGACCUCUUAAUACCCUAUCAAUUUCAAUUUUAGUGGCCAUUGUGCCAUUGUUUGCUCAAAAGCUUACGUAUCAAUAAAUUAUAGUAUUAGUCUGUCAUUAGUUAUCUGCAAUCGCACAGGAAAUCCAGAAUAAAG